AUUUACUUAGUCUUCCCUCGGAUUCUCUGAAAGUAAUCCAACUCUCUGCUCUUCAACUUCUCUAAUAGGAAUUUCCACAGAGUUCUCUUGCGAUGGCAUCUCAGUUCCUGGUACAUUUUCUGUUUGUAUUUGCCGUGGCAAUUUCCACUGUAAAAUGCAACAGAGAAGCCGACGCUCUUUCUGCUUUGAAAAACGCCUUGGUUGACCCAAAAGGCGUUCUUCAAAGCUGGGACGCAACGCUUGGUGAUCCUUGCUCCUGGUUUCACGUUACAUGCAAUGGUGAUAGCAAAGUCACAAGACUGGAUCUUGGCAAUUAUGGACUCCAGGGAUCUCUAGUCCCUCAACUUGGAUCUUUGGGAAAUCUUCAAUAUCUGGAGAUACAUAGCAAUCAAAUCAAUGGAUCGAUUCCAGUGGAGCUCGGAAAUUUAUCAAACUUGCUCAGCUUGGACCUGUACAAAAAUCAACUCUCUGGUUCAAUUCCAGAUUCGCUUGGCAACUUAAAAGCUUUACGGUUUAUGAGAUUGAACGAUAAUCUGCUAACGGGUACAGUACCAGAGAGUGUCAAAGCCCUUAAACGCGGAAAUUUGAGGAUCCUGAACGUUACAAAUAAUCAUUUGUCAGGCUCUGCAUAACUUCCCAGACUUAGCAGCUGUACCCAAUUAUCACUAUGAAGAUAUGUUGUUACAAGGAUCAAAUAAACUUUGGAGCUCAUAAGUCUUAAGUAAAUUAUAGUCGUAUUACUUCAAAAUAAUAUAAUCAGUGGUAUUGAAUGUACUGGCUUGCGGACUUUAUAAGAGAUUAUAAUAUUAAGAUAAGAAAAGUGAGUUUUGACUC